AUGCACAUCAACCCGCAUGCAAUGCCUUUUUCGUCGCUCGCACCGUUACUGGGAUAUAACGCUCUAUGUUCCCGGUUGGCCGCCCUCACCCUGCAGAUACCACAGUAUUCGUCCGAGCCACCCGCACGUCCGGAUCGAGCAGCGAGUAGAUCUAGUAUUCUCGAAGACACCGUCUCAUCACAGACUUACAAUCCUAUGUUUGGAGCCGAAAAGCUGUUCGCUGGUCUUCCUCGUCCACAAGCCAUCACUUCACAAAAUAACAUCACCUACUCUUGUAAUAGCCCUUCUGCAACAGGAAUUAUUCCAUCACGUUACAAUCGCGCCGAGGACACAUUGCCUCUGCUACUUGCUGGUGGUGGCAACGUUUUUUUAAAACGUAAGAAUGAC